CAAACCAAAUGAUGGAGAAGUAAAGAAACAAAGCUCUCUUGUGUCAGAUGCGGAGAAAGAUAUGCAACCCAAAGCGUGUGUAAGUAUACAGUGGGGAUGUGUAGGUUGGGCGCCUGACAUUUCCCAAGACUUCUCGUGGGUUUCUCCCUGCCGACAUCUGGCGCUGCCUCGACCCCGGUGCUCAUGGCCGCACCUUUCGGGAACCCGAGGUUUGCCGAAAAGCCGUCACUAGUUUUAAAUGUUUGGUGGCGCCGGAAUUUAAAAAAAAUAUAUAAAAUAAAUAAAUUUAAAAAAAAAAAUUAAGAGGGACAUUUUUUAAACAGUUGCCGAAUCCCACUACCAGGCUAUCACCGGCAGCGCGUGGGUGCGGGUCUGGAUGCCCGUGGCUCCCUGCGUGCGAACGCACGCGUGGAUUUACACAGGAAUCCGACCCAGCUGAACUACCUGACAAAUAAAGGACUUUUCAGCCCAUCGAGCUUUUGGGUAACGUCUUCUGAGCAGCUUUCUCGGAGUUUACUGUUCCUUUACUGUUGACUCCAUAGCCUUAACCUUAAAGCAGGGGGAGGAGAGCAGUAGGGAGGGGGUGGGGGUGUUCGCAGCAUAUAAGUACAUCAGGAGGAAUUUUUAAACGACCUUAUUGUCUCUAGCUCUAGAAAGACCACGAUGAUUUCUCUUUAGCGCCAGCAGCUGUUUUCUUUCGAAACUUUGCUUUUUUUGCCUCUCACACGAGCGAGCAGGAGAAAGGCAAGGCUGGGAGAUCCAGAUGCGAGGAGAGGGAAGGAGAACUCCGCGGAUGGUCUGAGCUGUGCCGAGGCAUUGUUCACUGCUGCCUCUCGGUUACGUUUAAAGGCUGAAAUAUCACGAGAUCCAUUCAAUGAUCCUUUUCUAAUUCGAGGGACAAAAUGUAAUUUGCUGUAGCUCUGCUUUCUCGGAUGGGAAUACUAUCCCUAGGUUUCAGAGGGAAGAACUAGGCAUCGCGGUUCGCACACACAUGGAUUAAGUUGAACAGCGGCGAUUACAUCUGCGCUGAGAGCAACAGUAGUCCAGGGCUGACUUUUCAAAUCUCAGCCCUCCGAGUUGGAGGCUCCCUUGAAUAGACUUCCUCCGUUCCCGGAUGCACUUCUCCAAAUUCCCACUUCUCUCUCGAAUUCCUGGGAAAUUGGGGGCUUGCCUGCAUUUCGCCUUGUCAUGCAAAACGACGUUUUCACAGAGUGAUUAUGCGCUUUCUUUUAGCUCUACCUGACGGGGUAACACGAACUCCACGCACCAUAUUGCCAACGCGCGGAGUGGAUAUUGACGUUUGCGAUUGAAGAUUUUUUUUCCUCCGUCGAUUUUUUUGCCAAGUCACAGCAGUAUGAGAUGUCUCAUUAAUCUCGCGGAUGUGUCUAAUUCUGGAUGUGCAGUGAUACAUAAAAGUGCUGGUGUUUGUAUCCAGCGGAACACUGGAUGCACGGCAGAGAUUGGUGAUUUUUUUUUUCGCAGCGCCUAACGUGCAAACCGCAAGCAUCACUUUAACGUGACAAGGGAGAGGCAUGCAGCUAUCGCAACAUUUGCGAGAUCCUCGUUCUUGACACUCGAAUAAUUUAACGUUCCUAAGAAGAGGUUAAACCUUCAUGUUGCUUCUUCAAAUUGAUUUUAAGGGGCUGCUAUAAUUGGAGCAUCAAAAAUCUUCGGCAGGGCUACUCCGAGCGGAAUAUGCAAACUGCGAGCUAGAAGCAUCCUAGCCCGAUGCAAUAUCGUACAUUGUGUGUUCCAGCACUUUUUUGUUAUUACGUAAAGGCUCCUGGAAACACCUUGGAUAUUUUACAUUCUCCUUUCUCUGCUGGAAGCAAUCAGCACGCAGGAAUCCUGACGUGGGCUCUGGGACUAUAGGACGUUCCAGCUCGUGAUCCAGCACGGUUAAUCGUGAAAAGUGUAUACAUUUCUGGCUUAUCUAUGCUUUGUUAUGGGUCUGACGUGAGCUCACGUCCUCCUCCCCCCUCCUGCAAUAUUACUGGCAGAAUUUCAGUUAAAAGUGUUAUAGUAUCACGGUGCGGGAACCCGUGAUAUUCAGACAGCAAAAAUAACCUUAGUACCCGGCUAUAAAAAGCUAAUUAAGCAGAAGAGGAAAAUCAAGAGAAACUCGAAAAUGUAAGUACUCCCUCUCGUUAACAACCUAACAUUUAACUUUGGAGCCACAGAAGGGGAAAUACCAAGCUGUUCUGCACGUUUUCGCUAAGCUUCAUUUUCCACACAAUGCAGAAUAAAACGCUAGUUUAAAGCGGCUACGUUAUCGAAGGAUUUUCCAUCGCUACGAUCAGACUUAUGUCCUUUAAAUUCACGGCAUGCACAAAAGAGCAACGUUUGUCCAAAACAGGCUGAAAAUAUACGGAACGAUAGGGGGAAAAAGCAUACAAAUCCUUCCCCCGGAGCUAGGGACGAGGAAGUCUGAGAGACCUGAGUGUGUUUGAGCUCGGAUUGUUUAAUAGAAAGAUUUAUAUACUAACUGUAUUAUUUACUUUGGGAGGGGAGGUGGCAGUAUAAGGGUAUGCUAAUUAGUGGGAGAUUUUUUGGGGGAAGGGGUGGAAUAUCAAUUUUUAUUGCAUCACCUGUCAGGAGUGUCCAAUCAGCGUUGGCUUUAGGGGAAUUAAUUGAUGAAGGUGUCUCCGGACGAGCUCACUUCACUCUGUCAUUUUAUUUGUAGCUAAAGCAGCGGCGGGAAUAGCAGCUGCAUUUCUUUUCUCUUCCUCCCUUCACAUUCCAUUAUCAUAGUUUCCAAUGGAAAAGCAGGGAAUGAAAGGGAACAGGUACUGAUCUUCAGCAGCAACUUAGGAAACACUUUGGCAAACCUGAUUUUUAAGAUUAUAUAUUGAUUGUAGUCUCACGGUAUUUUUUAAUUUAUUUUUUAAAAUUUUGUCUAAAGUUUGGCACUUCAUUCACCAGGAAUAACAGCCUUUGUUAUAUUCUAUUAGCAGGAUGCCUUGAGACAAAUACAGCAUCUGGCUGAGGAUUGUGUGUGUGUGGCUUUUUCUUUUUUUUUUUUUUUUUUUUUUUUUUCAUCUCUCUCUCUCUCUGCAAAUGCUGGGAAUAAUUUAAUUCACGAAAUGGGAGACCUGAAGUCGGGUUUUGAAGAGGUGGAUGGCGUGAGGCUCGGCUACCUCAUCAUUAAAGGAAAGCAAAUGUUUGCACUCUCCCAGGUUUUUACAGACCUGCUCAAAAACAUCCCGCGAACUACCGUGCACAAGCGAAUGGAUCAUUUAAAAGUAAAAAAACAUCACUGCGACUUGGAGGAGUUGAGGAAACUCAAAGCCAUCAACUCCAUUGCUUUCCACGCCGCCAAAUGCACCCUGAUCUCCAGAGAGGACGUGGAAGCCCUAUACACAUCCUGCAAAACCGAACGGGUUCUUAAAACGAAACGGAGGAAACUAAGCCGGGCGCUGUCUGCCACCGAUCUCCGGCCGGAGCUCGCUCCCCACGACCCCUUCUCCGGCUUCUGGAAGGAGAACAAACUUUGGCUGGGUCUGAGCGACUCUCCUCGGCCGCUGCUGCCCGUCCGGAGGAAAGCUCUGCGCCCGGGGGACACAGCCUUGCUACCGGCCGCUCAUCUACCUCACAUUUUUAGUAAAUACACUGGCCACAGCUACCCAGAAAUCGCUCGGGCGCCUUGCAAAUCCCCCGUAAACUAUGAAACGGCGCCGGCGGUGGGCGGCUGCGUGCCCCUGCGCUCCCGUCGCCCUCUCGCCGCCGCGGCGCGGCCCCGGCUCCCGACCGCCGGUCCCCCGCCCCUGCCCGCCCGCUGCCGCCGCCGCCGCCACGGGGCGGCCGCCGCCGCCGUCACGCUGGGCCCCCCCGGCGGCGCCCGCCGGCCCCUGGCCCUGCCCCGGCCCUGCCGGCCCCGUGGCGCCCCGCGGCUGCCGCUGCCUCUGCCCCGCGGCUUCGGGCCGCCCGCCUUCCCCGAGAGCGGCAGCAGCGACUCGGAGUCCAGCUGCUGCUCGGGCCGCGCCGCCCACGACUCGGACUGCGGCUCCAGCCUCUCCAGCUCCAGCGAGGGCAGCUCGGAGGAGGAGGACGAGGAGGAGGAGGAGGACGAGGAGGGCAGCGGCGCCUCGGACUCUAGCGAGGGCAGCUCGGAGGAGGAGGAGGAGGAGGAAGAGGAGGAGGAAGAGGAGGAGGAGGAGGACAGCACCUCGGACUCCGACUCCAGCUCGGUCUCCAGCCAGGUUUCGGUGCAGAGCAUCCGCUUCAGGCGCACCAGCUUUUGCAGCCCGCCCGGCGUGGUCCACGCCAACUUCUUGUACCAUCUGGCGGCCGCCGCCGCCUCCCGGCCCCCGGCCCCGGCGGAGCCCGGCGGGCUGCCCGCCCUCCGCGGCGCUCCCGGCGGAGUCAAGCCGGAGCUGCCGGAGGAGUGGGGCUGCCCCGGCUGGGCUCCCGCCGCCCCGGCGCUGCGCUGCUCCGGAGGCCUGGGGAGCUGCUUCGCGGAGAUAAGAGAUGAUAGGGUAUCCGAACUCACAUUCCCACACUCUGAAUUUUCCAAUAAUGCCAAGAGUACUGACCUAACAAUUAACUGUGUUGCAAAGGGGGCCUCUUCACCUAGCCCAAAGACAAACAAUGCAUUUCCACAACAAAGAAUACUCAGAGAGGCAAGGAAAUGCCUUCAAGCAACUACUACACACCGUGCAGAUAACAAUACAAUAGCUGCUAGGUUCUUAAAUAAUGAUUCUUCAUCAGCGGCAGCAAAUUCAGAGAAAGAUUCCAAAAUCCCUCAUUGUAUUGAAUUUGCCACGGAUUUGCCCUCUUUACAAACUGAUCCUGCGGAGGAUGCUGCUUCUCCAGGGGCAGCAGCAGCAGCUGAGCUCCAGUGCACUGAUACAGGCAAUAAGGCAUUGCCAUUCCUGCACAGCAUUAAAAUCAAAAUAGAGGACAGCAGUGCGAACGACGAGUAUGAGCCUGAUCUUACAACACAUAAGCUAAAGUGUGAGUGCAAUGAUACUAAGGAUGAGUUUUACGGUGUGACUGAGAGUAAUAACCAGGACGCUUUAUUAACAGCCAAGGAAGAUUCUGCAUGCACUGAGAAAGAAACCACUUCCUUAAACCCACUGACUCAGAGUCAGGUCCUCUCAUGCACUUUAGGUACUCCAAAACCUGAGGAUGGGGAGUAUAAAUUUGGAGCAAGGGUGAGAAAAAAUUACAGGACACUGGUUUUGGGAAAGCGACCUGUACUGCAGACUCCUCCAGUCAAACCAAAUUUGAAAUCAGCUCGAAGCCCACGUCCUACAGGUAAAAUUGAGACACAUGAAGGAACACUGGAUGAUUUUACAGUUAACAAUAGACGCAAAAGGGUAGCCAGCAAUGUAGCAUCAGCAGUGAAAAGGCCAUUUAAUUUCAUGGCAAAUUUUCCCUGUCCACCAUCACUAAUUAUUGGCAAUGAUGGGGAUUUGUUGCCAGCUUAUUCCUUAAACACCACUAAGGAUUCCCAACCACCUCACAAGGCCCAUCCUGUAUGGAAAUGGCAGCUGGGCGGUUCUGCAAUACCUCUUCCACCUAGCCACAAAUUCAGGAAAUUUAAUUAAUAAAGUAGUUUGGAAAAUAUUUUCUUGAACCACCUUUAACUUUCUUACCUUUUUUUUUUUUUUUAACUCUGCAGCAUGGUUUGUACAAACCCAUUAAUGCUAUACACUAUUGGAAUCCUGUUUUAUCACAUUGUGAAGACAGAAUCUGGAUUACUAUUUUAUUUACCAUUACAACAGUGGGGGGUAUUUUCCUUAUUUUGGGAUCUUGGUGGGUUUCUUUUUUGGUUGUUGUUGGUUUGGGGGUUUUGUUUGUUUGUUUGUUUGUUUUGUUGCAUUGUUUUUGUUUUUUGUUUUUGGUUUUGGUUUUUUUUUUUUCAUUAUGUUACAUUCCACAGAGUACUUCAGGCUAAAGACUCAAGUUAAACUCAGUUAUUAUGGUAGAGCUGGAACACUUUACUGUUUAAAUGCUAAUAAUGCACCAGUACCUCAAUUCAACUGCUGCAAAUAAAUGUCAAAAGGUUGAAUAAUAAAUAUUAGAAUGAGCCAUUAAAUUUAUGCACUAGAUUUUGAAAAUGGAAGUCUAACUGUUAAUUCAGUUAAACUUUGUUAAGUUACAUGGUUGCACAGUAAGGGUUCACUAUAAUUCAAUGUGGCAGCAGUAUACUUUUCGGGAGCUUUGUUUUCGGGUGCAGGGGUGUCUUUUUUGAAGGACAGUUGCACUUACUCCUUCUUCUCCGGUUUGGAAAAGACUGGGGUCCGCCUGCGACCCCAGCGCUGGGAAAAGCUGCCUCAUUUAAAACCAGUAAAUAAAUGUGGAAUUCUAUUUUUGGUAAAAGGGUGUCUUUUUACUUGUACAGCCACUCUUUGCAAUUGGGAAGCCUUUUUGUUUCACCCAGAGGUCUUAAAUAAGGUUACUGUUAUCCACUAAUGUCAUACUUAAGUUGUGGUCUGAACAUGCCCCUUGCAAACUUGCAAAGCAACUAAAAUAUUUGCCCGGCCAGCAGUACAAUUUAUGGUCCAGCCCCUCAUGCUGGCUGGAGGAAAUAGCAAAGCAGUAAAUACAACACAGAAAGUGAAAUGAGAGGCCGUAAGUGGAAAGAUUACACAAAAUGAGAAGACGAUGUUAUUCAUAGCUUUUUGGCAACAAAACUCAGGCGAUUCAACCAUGUUACACUUCCUGGUUCUAUCCUCAUCUCUUGAAAUUUGCUGUCGUGGGGUUUUUUUGCCAUGCCAUCCUCUCUAUGUAGCAGAAACAUUUUUACUGCACGUGACAAUCAGAGGCAAUUAUCUAUAUUUGCACUUAAUAUCAAAAUAGUCAAACAGGCAGACUUCUAGAGUCUAGUCCUCGGUAAGACAUGCUGGUAUAAUAUAUUGUGAUGAUGGAAGCAGUAAAUCAAAAUUAUGGAAAUUUGCACUGUUGAAAAGCAUGCUUUAGCUUUAUUUUCAAUUAAAAACACUGUUU